UUCCUCUCUUCUCAAAGACCCUUUUCAAACUUACAUUGAAUGUGACACAGAGUGGCAAACACAAAACCAAACCAUACUUCUCCAUCCCCCUUCUAAAUAAUCCAACUCUUCUUCAAUCUCAAUUUCAACUUUUCGGUUCAGCCGACCCAAUUCCGGUCUGAAAAACUCGUCGGGAAGUUUGAAACUUGUCGGAAAGUUAAAAACUUGUCGGAAAGUUUGAAACUUUCUAACAAGACGAAGGCGAAUUCUUCUUUCUGUGAUUGAUUAUAUCUCCGUCACGGAAUCUUCUUCUCAGGGUUUUAUGAUGAAUCUGGAAACAAUCAGUUUCCAUUUACAGAUGCAGACCGUUCACCUGACAGCGCUCUGAGAUUUGUCUUUUUGCAUCUUUCUGGAAGUAUCUUUUGUUUGUUUCUCAGAUCCAUUGACUUGAUCCCACACACACACAAAAAAAGUUUCCAUCUUUUUUUUUAAGUAAUAAAAUUCUAAGCUUUAGUCGAAUCCUACGAUCUUGGAAGCAAAAAAAGUCAUGAGAGGCUUCUUCUUCAUCGUCUUCUUAACAACAACAUGUCUGACUCUCUUCCCGGAUCAUCUACACGGUGGUGUACCCUACACCGGCAGCAUCACACCAGGUUUCGAAGGAUCUCAAAUGAAUUACAUCAACAACAACGGAAUCUUCCUCGAAUCAAACAACUCAGCCUUCGGUUUCGGUUUCAUAACCACACCAGAGUCCGUCACUCUCUUCACACUCAGCAUCAUCCACAAACCCAGCUCUAGACUCAUCUGGUCCGCGAACAGAGCCUCCCCUGUUUCAAACUCGGACAAGCUUCAGUUCCAAGACAAUGGAACCAUCAUCCUCCGCACAGAAGAAGGAGGAGAAUCAGAGGUUUGGAAACUAGACAAUUCAGGCAAAAACGCUUCGAGAAUCGAGCUACGUGACUCAGGGAACCUCGUGGUUCUUUCCGGUGACGGAGCUUCGAUCUGGGAGAGCUUUGAUCAUCCUACAGAUACUCUGAUUACAAACCAGGCUUUUAAAGAAGGGAUGAAGCUCACUAGCAACCCGUCUUCGAGCAACAUGACUUACUCUCUCGAGAUUAAAUCAGGAGAUAUGGUUUUAUCCGUCAACAGCUUGACUCCACAGGUUUACUGGUCCAUGGGAAACGAUAGAGGGAGGAUCAUCGAAAAAGACGGCGUCGUAACCUCAUCGUCUCUCUUAGGAAACUCGUGGAGGUUCUUUGAUGAGAAACAAGUUCUGUUAUGGCAGUUUGUGUAUUCAGAUAAUAAAGAUGUUAACGCUACUUGGAUCGCUGUUUUGGGAAACAACGGUGUGAUCUCUUUUUCCAAUCUUGGGAGUGGUGUCUCUGCUGCUGAUUCUUCAACUAAAAUCCCAAACGAUCAGUGUGCGACGCCAGAGCCUUGUGGUUCUUACUACACAUGCUCUGGUAGUAAAGUGUGUGGAUGUGUUUCUGGUUUGUCACGAGUUAGGUCUGAUUGCAAAUCCGGGAUCGAUGCUUCUCCUUGUAAGAAAACAGAUAAUAAUAAUGACACAGCGUCUCCUGCGCAACUUGUAUAUGCUGGAGACGGUGUUGACUACUUCGCGCUAGGGUUUGCUUCUCCCUUCUCCAAGAAAACCGAUCUUGAUAGCUGUAAAGAGUUUUGUAACAGCAACUGCUCGUGCCUUGGUUUGUUCUUCCAGAACAGUUCUGGUGACUGUUUCUUGUUUGAUUGGAUUGGAAGCUUUAAAAGCUCUGGAAGUCCUGGCUUUGUUGCGUACAUCAAGGUGGUUGCUAAUGGAUUGGGAGGUGGAGAUAACGGAGAUGGUGAUGAUGGGAAACACUUUCCUUAUAUAGUAAUUAUAGUCUUGGCGACGGUUUUCAUCAUCGGUUGUUUGAUCUUCGUGGCCUUUCGGAUUCAUAGGAGAACGAGAACGAAAACGCUUCUGGAUGGUGAUGAAGAACAUAGCUCAGAGGAGGAUAACUUCUUGGAGAAUCUAUCAGGGAUGCCUAUUAGGUUUACUUAUAAAGAUCUUCAAUCAGCGACUAAUAACUUCUCUGUCAAGUUAGGUCAAGGAGGGUUUGGUUCGGUCUACGAAGGGAGUUUACCUGAUGGUUCACGUUUAGCUGUGAAGAAGCUUGAAGGAAUAGGUCAAGGGAAGAAAGAGUUCAGAGCUGAGGUUAGUAUCAUCGGAAGCAUUCAUCAUCUGCAUCUGGUUCGGCUUAGAGGCUUCUGCGCAGAAGGAGCUCAUAGGCUUCUUGUCUAUGAGUUCUUAGCGAAAGGUUCGUUGGAGAAAUGGAUAUUCAGGAGAAGAGAUGGAGAUAUACUGUUGGAUUGGGACACACGGUUCAACAUCGCGGUCGGAACAGCGAAAGGUUUAGCUUAUCUACAUGAAGAUUGCGACGCAAGAAUCAUCCAUUGUGAUAUUAAACCAGAGAAUAUCUUGUUAGAUGAUAACUUCAACGCCAAGGUAUCUGAUUUCGGAUUAGCUAAGCUUAUGACAAGAGAACAGAGCCAUGUUUUCACAACGAUGCGUGGGACUAGAGGCUAUUUAGCACCUGAAUGGAUCACAAACUACGCGAUCUCGGAGAAGAGCGAUGUGUACAGCUAUGGGAUGGUGUUGUUGGAGCUGAUAGGAGGAAGAAAGAACUAUGAUCCAUCAGAGUCUUCGGAGAAGUGUCACUUUCCUUCUUAUGCUUUUAAGAUGAUGGAAGAAGGGAAGCUUUUGGAGAUUGUUGAUGGGAAGAUGAAGAACGUUGAUGUGGAUGAUGAGAGAGUUCAGAGAGCGAUGAAGACUGCUCUUUGGUGUAUACAAGAAGAUAUGCAUUUGAGACCGUCGAUGAGCAAAGUUGUUCAGAUGCUUGAAGGAGUGUUUCAUGUGGUUCAGCCUCCGUCUUCUUCUACUUUGGGGUCGAGGCUUUACUCGAGCUUUUGUAAGUCGAUUAGUGAGGAAGGUGGUGGUACGUCUUCUGGACCGUCGGAUUGUAAUAGUGAGAACUAUCUCUCUGCCGUGAGACUCUCCGGUCCGAGAUAGUUUAGUAUCUUCUUAUUAUAGGUUUUUUAGAUGACACUACAACCACGUAUUGAUUGUAUAUUGUUGUUCUGUUUGAAACAUUAGUGUUCCCUAUAUCAGUCUCAGUUUUGUAAUGUUCGGACUUGUUUAAAUAGAUUAAAAUGCACUACAUAUCGAUUAUCUUUACUCUCGUUUUUGGAUUCUUUUGUAGUUUGAACGGUCACACAUUCUUUGAAACCUUCUUUCUUGACUAGAAUGUUUUGUCACAGAACCAACUGUUUCUUAUCUUCUUCUCUCAUUUUUCUUCUU